AUGCCUCCUAAGAUUAGAAAACAUGAGUCUGGGUAUGAAAAACGUAAGAAAAAGAAAAAAAUUGAGGAGUUAACUCAAUCUCAAAGAGGAGCUCUUGAUAAAUUUAUUAUAAAAGAACCACAAGUUUCUUUAGAAAAUCAUAAUUAUGACAUUGUUGAUGUUGAAUUUCCUGAAAACAUGGUUCCUAAUGAGAAUGUUAGUAUUGAGGAUCAAACUGAAAGUGUUGAUGUGGAAAAUAGAGGUGACGUGCCCAUUAAAAAUGAUAAUGUGAAAAAUAAUAGUGACGUGCCCAUUGAAAAUGAUAAUAUGGAAAAUCAAAAUUCUAAUACAAAAAAUAGUGAUGAUGAUCAUUUGAAUAAUUCACUUGAAAAUGAAGAUGUUUUAGAGGAUAAUGAUAAUAACAAUGAAGAGCAAUCAAACCAAUUUGAACAUUUGCUUGAUAUAUUUGAUCCAAGAAAUUGGGAUGCUCUUGAUUCAAAAAUGAUUGAUUUAUUAGUGAUGAAGGGUCCAAAAAGAGAUUGUUCUAUUAUGAGUGGUUCUAAAGCUAAAUUUUCUAGACGAUUCACUGCUAAUUUGUAUACUAGAGUUUUAUCAAAUGGAGAGAAGUUUGGUGAAAGACUUAAAGAGCAUGAAAUCAGUAUGGAACAUGUUAAAAAUAUGACCACUUGGUAUGAAUUGCGUCUAAGGCUCGAAAAGAAUCAAACGAUUGAUAAAGCUACUCAAAGACUAAUUGAAAAAGAAAAAGAUCAUUGGAAAAAAGUUUUACUAAGAAUUAUUUUAAUAGUGAAAUUUCUUGCUAAACAUAACUUGACAUUUCGUGGUUCUAAUGAGAAAUUGUAUCAAAAUAGUAAUGGAAAUUUUUUGGGCUUAAUUGAAAUGUUGGCAGAGUUUGACCCAAUUAUCCAAGAACAUGUUAAACGCAUUACAAAUGAUGAUAUUCAUAGUCAUUAUCUUGGACAUAACAUCCAAAACGAGUUAAUACUUGUGCUUGCUUCUGCAAUUAAAACUGAAAUCAUUAAAAAAGUUAAACAAGCAAAAUAUUUUUCUGUGAUACUUGAUUGUACUCCUGAUGUUAGUCAUCAAGAGCAGAUGUCCUUGAAAUUGAGAUAUGUGGAUGUUUCUUCACAUUCUGUUAGCAUUGAAGAAUCAUUUUUAGGAUUUUUAAAUGUGAAUAAUACAACUGGUCACAGAAUUUUUGAUGUUCUACAAAAUGAGUUGAAAAAACUUAAUCUUGAUAUAUUUGAUGUGCGGGGACAAGGCUAUGAUAAUGGGUCAAAUAUGAAAGGAAAACAUCAAGGUGUACAAAAGAAAUUUUUAGACAUAAAUCCAAGAGCCUUUUAUACUCCUUGUGGUUGUCAUAGUCUUAAUUUGACAUUAUGUGACAUGGCUGAAUCAUGUAGUAAAGCUAGAGAUUUUUUUGGAGUUAUUCAGCGUAUUUAUACGAUUUUUGCCAAUUCUACUAAGAGAUGGAAAAUUUUGAAAGAUAAUGUGAAAGGAUUGACUCCAAAAUCAUUGUCAUCCACUCGUUGGGAGAGUCGUGUAGAUAGUGUUAAAGCUAUAAGAUCUCAAAUGUCAGAUUUUAGAGAAGCUUCACUUGAAGUGUCAGAAAAGGAUGAACUUGAUUCUAAAAUAAGAAGUGAAGCAAAAUCCUUAGCAACAAAUGAGCUUGGUGAUUUUGAGUUUUUAAUAGCAAUUAUUAUUUGGUUUGAAAUAUUAUUUGCUAUUAAUUUAGUUAGCAAGCUUUUACAAUCAAAGGAUAUGCUUAUUGAUGUUGCUAUGGAAAAAAUAAAAGGGUUAAUUUCUUUUUUCGUGGGAUAUAGAGAAACAUGUUUUUAUAACGCCUUGAAUAAUGCUAAGGAAAUUGCUAUUGAAAUGAAUAUUGAUCCAGUUUUUCCUCAAAGGCGCACAAUUCGAAGAAAAAGACAAUUUGAUGAGAAUUUGAAUACAUCUGUUGAGUUAUCUGGAGAGGAAUCUUUUAGAGUUAAUUAUUUUCUUUACCUUGUUGAUCAAGCCAUUGUUUCUCUUACUAAGCGAUUUGAACAAUAUCAAGAAUAUGAAAAUAUUUUUGGUUUCUUGUUUACUUCUGACAAGCUCCAAUCGUUAGACAAUGCAAGUUUGAAGUCUUGUUGUAGUCAUUUUGAAAAGGCAUUGAAACAUAAUGAACAUUAUGAUAUUGAUGGGAAUGAAUUAUAUGUGGAGUUAAAGUUAUUAACAAAAGUCUUGCCUAGGAAAAAAAUGAGAGCUAUUGAUAUAUUAAAGUUUUUGAAAGGCUUAGAUUGUUUUCCUAAUACAGUUAUUGCGUAUAGAAUUUUGUUGACUAUUCCAGUGACAGUUGCUUCUGCAGAAAGAAGUUUUUCAAAAUUGAAGUUAUUGAAGUCCUACUUGCGGUCUACCAUGUUACAAGAAAGGCUUAAUGGAUUAGCAUUGAUCGCGAUUGAAAAUGAUAUUUUGGAGACUGUAAAAUAUGAAGAGUUGGUUGAUGAAUUUUCUUCAAAAAGUGUGCGAAGGAUGGCUCUUUUUAAGGAGAAUGUUGAUAUUAGCUUAAAGUUUGUAAUGGAAAAAUAA